GAGGCGUGGGUCUCGUACAACACGCGCUACCCGAUGCCGUACCGGUCGUCCGGCUCGCCGAGCAACUUGUGGUGGUCGCGCGCCGUCGGGCCGCUGCACCUCAUCUCGCUGUCGUCUCCACUGACCGUGCAGGCGGGCUCGCUCCAGCACGCAUGGCUGGUGCGCGACUUGGCGGCGGUCGACCGCGCCGCCACGCCGUGGUUGGUCGUGAUGAUGCACGCGCCGUGGUACAACUCCAACUCAGGGCACGCGGGCGAGGCGGAGCUGAUGCGCAGGGACAUGGAGCCGCUCCUCUUCGAGGCGGGCGUCGACCUCGUCCUCUCGGGG